CAUGAAGUUAUUGAUGCAAAUUGAAUUAUUCUUGUGUGGCCUUGAAGUGCAAAACCUGAUAAUUCAAGCUGAUCCAAAUACCUUUGAGAUGUGGAAGCUCAAGUUUGGCCUCAAAGAGCUAACAGAAGAUAUAAAGAAAAAAAUAACAUCCUUUAAUAUCUUGAGGUUACCCAAUGCAGUUAAACUAUACAAAGACUUGAACACACUAGCUAAAGAAGCAGAGGCUAAUAAAGACAACGAGAAUCACAAUGCCCACCAAACAAGAAAUGAUCAAGCGGAGACACCAUUGAUAGACUUGAAUAGUGACCCACACUAAUUUUUCUAUAAUGGAGUUAUCAUAAUAUCGAUGAAUCUAUCCUUUAUCCAUUGUAACAUCUGAGAGCAAUUCAAUACAAAUAUUCUCAUUAUUUCUCAAUAUUGUAAAACAAGAAUAAUUGCUUUUACUAGUCUUAUUUUUCCUGA